CCUCCUUUUCCUCCAUUCCCUCAGCUGCUUGCACCUUUUCUCCCCUCCUCCCUCUCUCUCCUCCUUGGAGUGGCGACAGUGCGACUGCCUGCGUCAGCCAGCCCUGCCAAGCCCCUGGCAGCUAGUGAACGCUGCUACUGGAGCUGCCGUAUACCCUGCAGAGAGCCCUGUGCGUGUGUGUGUGUGUACGUGUGACUGUAUGAGUGUACGCAGAUGGGAAAGCAACUGAGUCAGAGAGGGCUGCCUCUCAUCUCUCUGCUGUUAUCACCAUCUUUCACCCCUUCUCCCCCUCCAUGGGGCUCCGGCAGGCUGAAUCACAACACCAUCUGCAGAAAGGGCUGAGGUAAUGACUGUGUGUAUUGUCCAGGGUUGUUUCUGUAUUUAAAUGUACACAUUUGUACUGAAAUGCUUGCAUGUAGUCUCGCAAAUGUGUGCAGUAUGUGGGUGUAGAUCUAGACUGUAUUGUAUAGCCCCUUGCAACCAAUCAGAUUGCCCUGAUGGCCAGUGCAAAUCACACAUUCUCAACCUGAGUGCAAAGAGCUGUAACACCUUGUGUCGUUAUGCAUGUGGUAAAAGACUUUCUUGGUUGUGCCCAUAUGUGUAGAUUUACGUUUUCUUGAUAGAUCAGUUCCUGCUUCUUCCGAGGUGCUCACACAGAUCACAUGACCCAGAUUGCAAACAAACACUACUGUAGACAUUACUCAUUCCCUGCGCUUACUGUGUGUGUGUGUGUGUGUGCACACAAUCACAGCUGCAAACAGGCCCAUGCAUGUUUUGUAUUGUAGCAAUGGGGUAAGUCUGCUAAUUAAAGCUGGGCAGACAAUGAAUGACUAAAAUCUGAGGAACAUAUCACUGUGUGUUUGUUGUCAUCUUUACUGCAUUAGGCUACACUUUCAGUAGGUUUGUCUGCUUCUACAAGCUUGCAUCACAAUCUUACUCAACAUAAUCUCUUUGUCUCCAGAGGGGGAAUUUACCUGAAACACAAACUAAAUCCUAUGUCCUCAUGUGCCUUCGGUCAUAUUGAGCCAAUUUAGUUUUAUAUGCUUAUGUUUUGCAGUUUCCAUCUGUGAUAUUGCUGCUACUGGUUCCUCAGCACUCCACUGAUUUAGCAUUGGACUCCUAUAACUUUGUUGGACUCAUGAAGGAACAUUUUAAAAUGUUUCAAAAUGGAUGCAGCAGAAACAUAGAUGUCAUCAUUUUCAUUCCACACAGCCUACAAUGCAAGUCAACUAGCACUAGCUUGGCUGGACAUUCAGUUAUGCUAGCAGUAGCUAUUGUAGCCUUGGCCCUCUAGCCUCAGCUCCACACCUCUAGAUUUCUUUACUUUUUCCAACUUCUUCAACUCCAACUCAAGUAACAUCACUCCACGCUGCUCUCUCUGGGCCACAAAAGGCCUUGUGUAACUAUUUUCACAAAUCCUAUGCAGUACUACUCCCCAAAACAGACUUUCAUGUGUAGUAUUAGUGGAGUUUAAGGCUCAGUGUUGAGCUUGUCAUAAGUAAAAUUUGCCACGUCCCACAGAUAAAAAACCCAUCACCUCGCCUAGUACUGAAAUGGCAACACAAUUUCAGAAACAGAUACUCCAAAACUUCCGCUGUUGAAACCGCAGCGAUCUCCUCAGGUAGGGUUUGAGAUUUAGGGUUUAACCCAAUAUUACCAUAUUUUGUUUCCCAUUAUGAAACAUGAUUUGACUUUAUAGUAACAAUUAUGCAAUUUCAUCUCCAAGCAGGUAGAUGUGUGUGUGUAUUUGUGGUGCUCUGUUAGCCCAGUAUGGACUGUACGUGUGUAAGGAGGUGGGCAUCCGGCUCAGCUGUCGUGUUCCUUCACACACUAGCCUUAUCCUGGGCAGGAGCAAAUAAACCCACCCUCAAUAUUGAUGGACGGCACCGGGCAGCUGUGACACUGCAGGAAAACAUGACCCACCGCUUUAACUGCCAGUCAGACGGCUGGGAUCCCCACGCCCCACCCUUGCUGACCUGGUACCUGAAUGGGGAGCAGCAGAGAGAAACAUCACCCAACCGUGGGCGCCUGGUUUUGACAUCGCAGGAGGCUUCUGAGGUCACGAGACCUGGGCCCAGUCACAACAGCAACUUCUCUCUGCGAGCUAAAAAGUGGGACAGGGAGCUGGUGUGUGUUGCAUCAAACCCCAGGACCGGAGAGAGCUACAAUGCCACAGUCGCACUCAAUGUCCAGUUCCAGCCAGAGAUACUCAGGGUAAAUGCCCACUACAGUGAGACCUCAGACCCCGGUUUCUCCCUCGUCCUCUUUGCUUUGGUACGCUCCAACCCGCCUGCCACAAUCACAUUUGUAGAACAGUCUGGCCAGCUGGUGGCUAACAGCUCUGACUUCCUUAUUCUGGACUCACGAAACCACCCCUGGCUGACCAACCACACGCUGAGGGUCACACUCAAUAGCCUCUCAGGGAAUGCCUCACUGAAUGCCAGCAACAGUGUGGGAAUGGUGCAGCGCAACCUUACCCUGACAGAGUUUCUGCAAUCUCGUGUGGAGGUUCCUAUGCUGGGAAUAGUGACUGGCGGAGCUAUGGCCUUUAUGGCUCUCCUCAUCCUCAGUCUGAUAGUUCUCUGCCUCAUGCAAAAAAACAAGAGCAAGUCCGUUGAUGAGCCAGUGGAGAUUCUGAUGACCAAGAGAAGUGCCAGUCUGCUGACAGAGAAAGCUGAUAAGACCUACAUCCCCAGAGAGAACAUGUCUCUGCCUUCCAACAUGCAGCUCAAUGACCUCAGCACUUUAAGUAAAGCACGAGUUGCCGCCCAGCAGAACAGCGUGGGAGAGAAUAAGAAAGUGGAAGAGGAGGAGGAAGAUCUGUCUUUAGCCUACGCCGCCAGAGGUUUUGCCAGAUAUCCGAUGGUCGGCUACAUAUAUAAAGUGAACAGCACAAGCAGUGAGGAGAUCUGGCUCUGACUGACCUCAUGACUAGCACAUAUACUGUACAUGCAUGCAACAGCAUCCAGCGGUGCUGCCUUCUAAGAGGAACCCAAAGAAGACCUGGCAGUCAGUCAUUCCACCACACACAAAGAAGGGGGAAGAAUGGCCAAGGACCAGAAACGGCCUUGUCCACAAAAGCAAAAUACUGAUGUUUUUGUCUCUCUGAGUCGAGUGCUUGGGGUAUUUACACUGCUGAUCUCAGCAAUGCAACGCGUUAACAAUGCUCAUGUUCUGUAUGUGUUGACAUGAUUUCCUCCUGUAGUCACAUGCUCAUACUGUUGUCCUCGUUGUCCUCCCUGUUGCAUUACUGGAAUACAUUCAUUGCUAUAUGCUAACACCAGAAUGUACAAAUCAAUAAACUGUAUGUGAGAUUUUACAUUUUGAACAAUGAUAUCUAAAGAAGAUGGCUUAUGGACAUUAAACAUGUUAUCUACUGUAUAUCUGUAUGCAUAUGUAUAUGUGUGUAAAAUAAUAUGUCUAAUAAUGAUAAUAUUGACAUUGUAUGAAGUAAAUGCUGGACUUGUUGUCGUUUUACUGGCACUCACCAGGGGGCGCUCUAAGGUGAUUUAUAAGUGGGAAAAUAUGGAGGGUUUUUCGUUAGUCAUAAUGAUCUGAUCUGUGUUUUUCAGAUGGUGUUGGGGAUGACUGGGGCUAUAGUAGCAGAUGCAGAAGCAAGUUUUUGUGUUUGUGAGUGUGUGUCUGCAUGCCAGGUGUUAGGUCUAGGUCACAGGUUGUUGUGGCUUUUCUUCAAACAGGAAGCUAAGUUGUGCUGUGGGAGCUUCUCUUUGCCAUCUCUCUGUGCUGCUGCUGUUUCUCUGUGGAGAUGGAAACGCAGUGUGUCACACACAGCGAUACAAAAAUGUACAACAUACUGGGGAUUUAAAUAUUUAUCUGAACACACAUUCAUUGCUCUUUGUUUUACCCCAUGUAGCUGCUCCACACAUCUCCCAAAGCACCUAAACAGCAAGUAGCUGUUAGUGUCAAGAGACCGAUCAAUCAUUUCGGCUAAUUCGGUGCUGGUAGUCACUUUAUUUACAUUGUCAACAUGUUUUUCUUCACAGAUAGUUGUUCACAUCUUUUGGGAAAUGUGAAAGCUACUUUAAUGAAGCGGGUGUAUCACCUGUCUCAGAAGAUAACUCAGUGAAUCUCUUUAGGCUACAUGAAGUGGAUUAACAGUUCAUGGUGACUUUACUGUUGCAUAUGAAUGAAAUAUCACAUAUCCACUUUAAUUUAAAUCCACUUAAAGUACCGUGUGUCCUAACAUCAGUAGUGGAUAAAGUAUUAAUAUAAUUUACUUGACUAGAAGCAGGACAGUGUAGCAAUAGUCCACUACCACCCACUACAAGCUCUGUGCUGUUACUUGAGUCAAAGUACAUAAGUAUUAAAGUAUGAAAAAGUAAAAAAUAUUCAGUGCAGAAAAGUGGAGCUUGUAAUGGAGUAGAAGUUUAAAGUGGCAUGAAAAGGAAAACUCAGGUAAUGUACAAGUACUUGAGUAAAAGUACUUCUCCCCUCCACCAGCGUGGAGCCGUCCAGAUGUAGAACUCAGCAGGGAUUGUUCAGACAAUACACCAAUCACACUCACUUCCUCUACACACACACACAGACAGAGACACUUUGACAGAUACUGGAUUCUUUGACAGCAGAGACACGGCAGCUUUUUAUUUUGAGAACUCAGAAGAGUAAACACACAAUGAAAUGUCAUUUGGUUUUGGCCGAGUGUUUGCUGCUGUGGAUACUGACAGCAUUCGUCAGUGGUCAAACAGG